AGCCGCGGAGGAAGGUGUUGUGCACCGAGUCUGCGCGCCUUGCCUCUCUGCGUGGCUCGUCUCGUCUCGAUCGCGCCGCUUCGGCUCUUCGGCCGGCGCGUCGUGCGCCACCCGCGCGGAAGUCCGCCUCGCGCUUCGCGUGUGUGUGUGUGUGCGUGUGCAAGCCAACCUGCUUUUGGAUAUACUGUCGGCCCGUCGCGGCGACAGCGUUUUGUGUCUGUGUGUGUGUGUGUCACGUGACUGUCUUGUGUCAGUGGCGGAGACAGUGACGCGCAGUGCGCGUGUGCGCGCGCGGACCCAGCUCGCCGCGGGACAUGUGCAGCUCGUCACAGGCCUAACGGCGCCGCGGGACGGGGCGGCCUGACGCAGCAGAUAUGCCUUCGUCUCGGUCAGGUCGCCACGACCCGGACGGGCGGCUGCGGUCGCUGCCGCGCCGCCAGCACCACCAGCAGUACCACGGCCAGCACGGCCAGCACGGCCAGCGCGGCGAGCACCACGCCCAGGCGCAGUACGCCGUGGCCGUGCCCGUGUCGGCCUACCAGGAACCCGUCGACGCGCCGCACCACACCUACCAGCUGCCCAGCACCGUCGGCAUCCUGGGCCGGCCCGGCUCGCCCAGCAGUGACAACAACUCGGACGCCACCCUCACCGACUCGGAGCUCGCCCUGGCCAGGGACUCCACGCUGCUCGUCCACAAUGUUGCGGUGACGCCGGCACCGUGCGCUCCGGCAACGUAUGAUCACCACAUCACUGGCGUCACGCAGAUGGGCCGCGCACGCACGCCUUUGGCCCUUUGACCCGUCCGUCGGCUACGCGGCCUCG